AUGCCCAAAAAAGGUUGUAGGAAGUGGCUACGAGGCCUGGACAUCCAACAGGUCGGCGGACGCUCGGCGGAGACUUGUAAUCAGAGAUUGCCACGGCUCCGGAGCCGGCUCUUGGCUCCGGCUCUGAGCGGCUCCGAGCCGGGAGCCAGAGCCGGAAAUUUUGGGGUCGGCUCCGGCUCCCGAGCCCAAAGUCGGAGCCAGGCUUACCAGCGGUCAGAAAAGUAAACAUUUCGUGAUCUUGUUAAACCAAAUUGCUUGAAAAACACUGCGGAGGAUGUGGCUUGACUGCAAAAACGUUGGCUGUAUGAUCUCUGGCACUAAUAACUUUUAUUGUUGGAAAAAUAUUUAAAAAAAAACAUUUUGCAUAGGAGCCGGGAUUCGGAGCCGGACGCCUUUUUAAAUUUUGCACGGAGCCAAGAGCCGGAGCCGGAGCUGCAAAUUUGGCCUCGGCUCCGGCUCUGGGAGCAAAGAGCCGGAGCCGGAGCCGAAAUUUUGACCGUGGCAAUCUCUGGCUCAAAUUAUAAAGAGUGGAUGUAUUGCAAGUCUUCGCCAGGUCUCCGCUGAGGCUUUGCCGAGCAUCCAACGCUUUUCCAGGCCUGGUAAGCACUUCCUACAACCUUUUUUGGGUAUGAUUAGACAUAUUACAAGCAGAGAUUGCCACGGUCAAAAUUUCGGCUCCGGCUCUUAGCUCCCAGAGCCGGAGCCGAGGCCAAAUUUGCAGCUCCGGCUCUUGGCUCCGUGCGAAAUUUAAAAAGGCCUCCGGUUCCGAAUCCCGGCUCCUAUGCAAAACGUCUUUUUAAAAAUAUUUUUCCAAAAAUAAAAGUUAUUAGUGCCAGAGAUCAUACAGCCAACGUUUUUGCAGUCAAGUCACAUCCUCCGCAGUGUUUUUCAAGCAAUUUGGUUUAACAAGAUCACGAAAUGUUUACUUUUCUGUCCGCUGGGAAGCCUGGCUCCGACUUUGGGCUCGGGAGCCGGAGCCGACCCCAAAAUUUCCGGCUCCGGAGCCGUGGCAAUCUCUGAUUUGAGCUAUUACCAGCGUUAGUUUUAUUCACCCUGAGGUAUUGCAACAUAUAAAAGACCAAAAUUUGCAGGAAAAAACGAAGAUCCGUAACUUUUAUCUUGAUAUUAUUGAUGUGAGUACAUGUAAAAUACCUCAAAUUAGGUGAUAAGCUAUCUCAGGACCCUAUCAAUCUUACCAUUUUUAAUCUUUGCGAAUUUCCAAUUUCUGAUUUUUACUAUCCACAAUUUCAGCUGAAUUUGUCCUCGAAAACCCCCUUGUUUUCGAAUCCUCAACUGUUCUCGAGCUCGGUUCAGGUGUUGGCUGUGUUCCAUCGAUCCUACUGGCUCGUCUCGGCGUGAGAAAAGUUUAUUGUACGGAUAAAAACGUUUGCUUGGAGAAGAUUCAUGAAAAUUUGAAGAGGAAUUUGAGCAACGAAGAGCUCGAAAAAGUGGAAGUCAAGGUGAGAAAAGUUGAAAAUAUUGAGUAUUUUCAUGGAGGGGGAGUCGAUUUAGGAGGAUACAGUUGAUUUUUUAGGCAGAAAAUUGCCAAAAAUUUUGAUUUUUUGGGAUUUUUGGUGAUUUUUUUUAUGUAAAAUCACAAAAAUUUUUAAAAAAAUAUAUAUAUUUUUUUUUUCAAAAUUUUGGGACCUGAAAAUGUUGAUGGCUGUUUCAAAUCACUCUAAAAUUACCCACUAAAAAAUGGCUUAUCUAAUUGUAGGCCAAUUUUCAUAAAAAAAAAAAAAAAAAAAUUUUGUUAAAACCUCCAAAAGAUGAAAUUUUUGACACAUCUCGAUCAAAUUCUUGCCUCAAAAUUUUUUUUUUUAUUUAAAAUUUUUUUUUAUUUCCAGGAGCUUGACUGGAACGCCCUUUCCGCCACUCAGAAUUGGCUAUCCACCUUGGAGCGGCUCGAUUUUAUCGUUGGAUCCGAUAUUUUCUUCGAUCCAAUCACAUUUGAGCCGCUUAUAAAGACAAUCCGCUGCAUAAUCGACAAAUUCCCGGAGGCAAAAUUAAUUUUUUCCUAUCAAAAUCGGGAGUAAGUUUAGAAUUUUUUUUUUUUUUUUUGAAAAAGGGGGGGGAAUUGGUUUUUCUCUCGGCUUUUUUGAGAGGAGAAUGGACACGUUGCAAUGUGUUUUAUAUUUUUUGGGGAAUUCAAAUGGUUUUGGGAUAAAAACGGAGGAGAUUUUUUUGUUUUUAGGGGGAAAAUUGACGAUUUUUAAAUCAAAAAUUUUUUUUUUGAAAAAUCGAUUUUUGAAUUUUUUUUUGUAAUUUUUUUUUAAUCGUUUUUUUUAAAACAGCUUUUUUGUAAGGGUCGAGCUAGCUGUGCACAUGAAACAGGAUGUCGCAGCAGAGUCGUGAAACGGUAGCCAUAGGUUUCCCUAAUCACGAAUAUUAGAUUUCAGAAAAAAUUUUUUUGAUUAUUGGCCUACUGUAGGUGUACUGUAGCUUUCCCGCAUUUCCAGGAUCUCAGCUACAAGAGGUCGGGUUGUAUCCGGACCUUCUCUGAAUUAUAGAAUGGACAAUUCUAAGCAUCUUUCAUGUUGGGCACUUUUUCCUAUCUGUGCCGGAAGUAUUCUAAAAAUUUGCAUAAUUGUCAAAAAAUUCACAUUUUUCAAAUUUUAUAAAAAAAUUUGCAUAAUGGCAUGACAUUUUUAUUACCCUAAAAGAUGCUCCGUGAUGUGGCAAUUCAAACGGUAUAUAGAUCACCGCAAGGGGUUCUGCCUAUGUUGCAAACGGGUCGUCUAAAUGUUGGAUCAUCAGGAAUUUAAUUUUCUGAACGUCAAAUUUUGUCAAAAAAUGUGGUGUUUGGUAUGACCAAAGAUUGUAUUGGACUUCAAAGUGGUUCCAAAGUAAAAAUAUGUAAUUUUAUGACAAAAUAAUGUUAUAAAUCUUUAAAAGACGAUUUCUGAGUCAGUGGACAUAGGAAAAAAUCAAUUUUGAGAUUUUUGCAUUAAAACGACCGUCGAUAGAUGCUAAGCAAAAGCGAAGGACGUUUUUUUGCGAAAUCCUCCAAUAAGAUAUAUUUUUUUACAAUUUACUGUUUUUUAAGUAAUCGCUUAUAGUUGUCGUAUUUUAGCUCUGAAUACAACAAUUUUAAGCUUACUGAUGUUUUCGACCAUUGCUAACACGACGGAGCUAUUAUUUUUUUUAGUUUCCUACUGUAACUUCCCGUGAUACAGUAUUGGCCGAAAAAAACGGCCGUAAAAUCCUUGUUUCUAAAAACCCCCAGCUGAUUUUUUGAUAUGUUAAUCUGCGUAAAAUUCUGCUCUAGAUGCAAUCAAAAAAAGUGCAAAAAGUGGUACGACAAAUUUCGUGGUGUAGUGGUUAGUGGGCGGGACUACCAUUCCAGCGUCCCGGGUUCGAUCCCGGCUGGGUGCAAAUGUCAAAAAAAAAUGCCGCAAAUCAAUUUUUUAAUUACCUAUUUUUACUUUGGAACAACUUUGAAGUCUAAUACAAUCUUUGGUCAUACCAAACAUCAAAUUUUUUUGACAAAAUUUGACUUUAAUUCCUGAUGAACCAAUAUUUAGACGACCCGUUUGCAACAUAGGCAGAACCCCUUGCGGUGAUCUAUAUACCGUUUGAAUUUCCACAUUACGGAGCAUCUUUUAGAGCAAUAAAAAUGUCAUGCCAUUAUGCAAAUUUUUCUAUAAAAUUUGAAAAAUGUAAAUUUUUUGACAAUUAUGCAAAUUUUUAGAAUACUUCCGGCACAGAUAGGAAAAAGUGCCCAACAUGAAAGAUGCUUAGAAUUGUCCAUUCUAUAAUUCAGAGAAGGUCCGGAUACAAUCCGACCUCUUGUAGCCGAGAUCCUGGAAAUGCGGGAAAGCUACAGUACACCUACAGUAGGCCAAUAAUCAAAAAAAAAUUUUCUGAAAUUUAAUACUCGUGAUUAGGGAAACCUAUGGUUACUGUUUCACGGCUCUGCUGCGACAUCCUGUUUCAUGUGCACAAGGCAAAUCUGAAAGCUCGAGUCUUUCGCAAAACCUGUUUUAAUAAAUAUUUUUGGAAACUUAUGAAGGUAAUUAGCACUGGAGAAGUCGGUUUUAUAAUUUCUUUAAUCAAAAAAAAAAAUUUUUUUGAUUUUUUUUAUUUUUUUUUUGAAUUUGUAUUUCAGAAAAAAAAAUAUAUUUUACAUAGCUAAAAAUUUUAUAGAUUUUUUAACAUUUACUGCUUUUCUGUUUUACCCAUCAUUUCCCUCUUUUUUCUCACCAUUUUAUGAUUGGCAGGCUGCGCCCUAGCUUACGGGAAAAGGCGCUUUAGAUUUCUUUCAAAUUUUGGCAGACAUUUUCUACAGGCACCACAGACAAAUUCCUAAUUUUUCACAAGCUUCUGGCCAAAAAAAUUUUCAAUUUUUUGUUUAAAUUUUUUUUUUCAAAUUUUUAGAAGUGUCAAUUUUCAGUUACAAACGUUAAAAUUAUCUGAUUUCCAUCAAGUCCAUUAAUUUUACAGCACUUUAUGAUUCAUUUCCAUCAAAAAGGAGACGAAAAAGAGCCGCGAAAAAAAAAGUUUCUCUCUCAAAAAAUUCGCUUCGAGCAAGGUCAAUUCAUGUCCAACGUGGUCAUUUUUUCACGCUAAAAUUGAUUAAUCUCCCCGAAUAAUUACUUUAUUGACCUUGUUAGUGGUCGAUUUCGAAUUAAAAGUGGGCUUUUCAGCUCUUCCUGGUCCAUUGAAUACCUCCUAAAACAAUAUAAAUUGGAGGCCCGAUUGAUCCGCCAAGUCGAAAGGGAACACUCUCUGCAGUUGGGAGUGAUUAUGGGUAGGUUUUGAGAUGGGUUCAGCGAUUUUUGAGGGUUGAAAUUGAAAAGGUUUUGGGGAAAUUGCAAAAAAUCGGAUUUUUUGCCAAUUUUUGAUAAUUUUUUGUAUUUUUUCGACUUUUUUUGGAUAAAAUUUUAGUUCAAAAAGUAAUGAGUGGACUGAAAAUUAUAUUAGCUCUUAUUUGGAGCAAAAAUUUUGCUGAUUUUUUAUUGGAAAAAUAUUGAAAAAUGUAAAAAACCAAAAUUUUUGAUGAUUUUACAGGAUUUUCGGCGAUUUUUCGGAUUUUUUGAGUUUUUAACGAUAGAAAAUGAUGGCUUUUUUAACGUAAAUUAAAUUUAUAGACUAUAAGUUAUUUUUAUAAUCCGGAUUUAGCAAAAUUUUACUUGAUUUUUUGCCAAAUUUUACCAUUCUUCUACAAAAAAUCCAAUUUUUUCAAAAAAAUUUUUAAAAAAAGUUAAAAAAUUAUUGCAAUUUCUGGUCAAUUUGACAAAAUCAAGGUCUGAAAAAGAUUCAUCAAUACUUAUCACGUUUUAUUUGCUCCUGUUUUGCACAAAAAAUCGUAUUUUUCCUCUUUUUUUCAGCCCACUCGGACCAUCGAUUUUUCGCGGGCGUAGAAGGGUAAGUUCUUUACUGUUUACACAUCCAAUUACAAGUAAUUUGAUUUCAAAACAUAGAAAAUUACGUAAGAAGCUCAUUUGUAAUUUUAAUUGUCACAUGAACCGAGUAAUUUCCGCGAAAUGCAGAAUUUACGUGGAAAAGGCAAAGAUUACUCUGUAAAUGCGGUAUGAAGGAACUGAUUAUUGAACGGAAUUGUGAUUAAGAUUGCAGUAGGCGGGAGUGAGCAGAAACUAUUCGAAUUUUCGGGUAUUUGCGGGUUUUUCAUUUUGGCGAGCUGCGCCCGAGCUAAUUCAAAUUUUGAAAAUUUGAUUAUUUCUGGGGUAAAAUUAGAGAAAGCUAUUUUUUCAGAGCAUACUAGACUUGUAAACCCAUUUUUUUUUACUAAUUUUAGCUGUUUAUAAUUUGGCAGCUCGCGCCCAUGCAUAUGAAAAUUUUUGGAAAUUUCAGUCGGUGUUUUUUCAGAGCAGUAUAUAAAUACUCCAUGACCUCUUUAAUGAUCAAAAAUCCAAUUUUUGAACUUUUUUUAAAUUUUUUCCACUCCGCAGCCUGCGCCCUACGAAUUUCAAAUUUUUAUUGAAAUGACUGAUUCUUUCAAUUAAAUUACUUCCAGAGGAGCCACCAUAUCGAGAUACUACAUUUUCAACGAGGAUGGAAAGACAGUUCAGACGAAUGAAGCCGACGGACUCAAUUGUAUCCUGGUUGGGGUUGAAGGGACUGGUGAUCGAAUAGCCAACAAUAUGAGGAUAUUGGCGAAGAAUGCGAAGAUUAAUUUGCCAGUCAGAGCGAUGGUAGGUAUUUUGGGAACGAUUUUAGACGGUUUUGGGAGAUUUUGAGGAUUUGCAGGUUUUCGUGGUGGGACCUAAAAUUUAAUUUUUUUGGGACAAAUAGUGUCUGAGAAAGUUUAUUUGGGUUUAUUUGUGGUGAAUAUGACCGUUGGAACUUGUUUUUUUAUCAUUUUGCAAUUGAUUUUUUUAAAUUUUUUGGUCCCACCACGAAAACUUGAUUUUUCAAAAAAAUCAAAUUUGAGUGAAAAAUUGAUGAAAUUGAUGGCCUAGAAUAAUUUUAAGCCAUUUUGUUUUCAGGGAAUGGGCCUAGCCGGCGCGGAAUCCGCCGAAUUCAAUCAAAAAGUGGUGAAUUACAUAAAAUCCGAGCAUAAUGACAUCGCCGACACAAUAUACCUGACCUCGGACUCUGUGGCGGCGGUCGCAGCCAAUUUCCCGCUGGAAAAGGGCGGAAUUGUCCUGAUUUGUGGGACCGGAUCAGCGGCGCGAUUGUUAACUCCCGACCACAAAGUUCACUGUGCGGGCGGAUGGGGCCAUUUGAUCAGCGACGGUGGAAGCGCUUAUUGGAUCGCGAGAAGGUAGAGUUGAUGGAAUUGAGACAAAAAUUAUAAUUUAUUUGUUUUUUGGAGGAUUUUAGAGGUUUUUGGAUGCGGUUUUUUUGGUCGAAAAUUUGGAUUUUUGGUCGAUUUUUUGAGAUUUUUUUUACAUUUUUUUUUUAUUUUUUUUUGAUGAAGCUUAGAAAAAAAUUAUUUUUAGACUAGUUUUUUUUGCAUUUGCAACAUUUUAAGAUCGCGUUUUAUAGAAAUCGCCGCGAUUUUUUGGUCGAAAUUAAAAAAUUUUUUUUUUCAUAAAAAUUUUGGGUAGAAUUCAUGAGAAUUGAGAUGAAGAUUGUAAUUUAGUAGUUUUUUGGAGGAUAUUAGAGACUUCUGGAUACAAAUUUUUUGGUCGAUUUUUUAAGAUUUUUAUUUUUUUUUUUUUUUUAUUGUUUUUGAUGAAAUUUGGCAGAAAAAUUAUUUUUAGAUAAUUCUUUUGAUCUAUUUUUUUAUUUUUAAAAGAAAUCCACGCGAUUUUUUGGUCGAAAUUUAAAGAAAAAAAUUUUUUGAAAAAAAAAUUACAAUUUUUUAAAAUUUUUUUGACAUAAAAGUUAGACAAAACUGAUUUUUAGCCUCUAAAUUUCAAUUUUCUCCCCUCAAAAAAUUCUUUUUUUCAGAGCCAUUCAACAAUAUUUUGAUCUCACGGAUCUCCUCGAAACCUCUCAAUUCGACUUGAAGCCAUUGGAAUCCGCCCUGUUUGAGCACUUCAAUCUCACUGAUAAACUCCAAAUCCUCGAUAUUUUAUAUGCGAAUGAGAAUGUGAAGGCGAAUGUUGCGUCGUUUUGCGAGAGGCUGGCUGGCCUGGCCAGACAGGAUCCUUUGGCGGCGGAGAGCUUUGCAGCCGCCGGAGAUGUGUUGGGAAAGCAUGUAGUGGCGCUGUCGAGGCAUUUGGAGCCGGUAGGUAUUCUUUUAUAUUGUUUUUGCCGAGUAUUUGUUAAUUUUUAAGUUGGCGAGCUGCGCCCUAGACUUUGAUUUGAGAAUUGCGGGAAAUUAUUUUUUCGCGGAUUUCUGGCGGAAUUUGUGGUCAGGAAGCAGCUCUAAAUAAUUUUUGAUGAUUUGAAGUAUUUUUUAGCGAUAAUUUUGAUCGGCGAGCUGCGCCCUAGACUUUGAUUUGAGAAUUGCGGGAAAUUAUUUUUUCGCGGAUUUCUGGCGGAAUUUGGGGCCAGGAAGCUUCUCAAAUAAUUUUUGAGGAUAUAAAAUAUUUUUAGCUAUAAUUUAGAUCGGCGAGCUGCGCCCUAGACUUUGAUUUGAGUAUUGCGGGAAAUAAUUUUUUUGCGGAUUUCUGGCGGAAUUUGUGGUCAGGAAGCAUCUCAAAUUAAUUUUUGGUGAUUUAAAAUAUUUUUAGCGAUAAUUUUGAUCGGCGAGCUGCGCCCUUACCUUUCUUGGGAAUAAGCCGAAAUUCGAAAUUUAUGAUUUUUUUGGCAGUUAAUGGACUGUGUUUAAAUCAAAAUUGAAAAAAAAACAAAUUAAUUUAAGUUGUUUUUUCAAUUCGACAAAGUCGCGAGCUGCGCCCAAGCUUAUUUUUAUAAAAGCCAAUUUUUAUGAAAUUUUGAUUUCAAAAGAUGACAUAUAAAAUUAUUAGAGGAAUAAUGAGAUGUAAUAUUUUUUUCACUCCCUUUUUUUGCGAGUUUGUGCUCAAUUAUAUUGUUUUAGGACCACAAACGCGAACUGAAUGUGCUGGCAAUUGGGUCGGUUUUCAGGAGCUGGGAUCUGCUCAAAUCAGGUAAAUAUUCCAUUUUAAGGGUUGUUUAGCAAUUUUUGCCCCUUGAUUUUACAAUUUUCCUUCAAUUUUUUGGGUGGAACAAAAAAAUGGCUAGUUUUUUUCGAAAAGGGCAAAGAUCACACUGUGCACCGUCUUAAAUUCGAUUAAUUCUUGCUCAAGUGACUUGUUUUCGUCCCAAAUUUCAGUCAAUCCCCGUAGUUUGGAACCGAAAUGGACUUGGGCUACGGUAGCGUGGAGAUGGAGAACAAAAAAGUUCUUUUAUUCCGGGAAAGUGUAGUAGGAAUUUUGCGUAGGAAGUUAGAAGUGUUUCUAGAUCUGUCAUGUAUCGCAUUGUAAAAAAAAUUUGUCGAUUUGAACGAAUUUUGAGGAAUUGGUAGGGCGCGAGCUGCCGAGAGUAAUUUGCGUCUAAAAGUUUUCCAGUUGAAGGGGUCGUCGUAUUUUACAUUUUUUUGUCUAUUCUUUUAUUUUUAAGACGAUUUAUUACAUAGGGCGCAGCCUGCUAAUGAAAAAAUUAUUUCAUAGGGCGCAGGCUGCCAAAAUAAAAUUUUGAUUUUUUUGGAAAUAGAUUUAAAAUUUUGGUCUCAGAUGGUUAGCUGAGGUACGACAGACGUUUUAAAUCCAAUGUACGUCAUGUAUUCCUCGAAUCCGACUUACUGGAUUCGUGGUUCCCAUCCAAAUUGGUCGAAUUUGACUCCUUUUCUCAUUUUUCUCCACGGAAAUGACGUCAAUUGCGCGCAAAUCCAAACAAAUCUGAUGGAUCGCGAUAGACGAGGAAAUUGAGAGUUAGCGGAAAUGAUUUAUUGGAGAAGACUGCAAAUUUUUGAUGAAAAUUACAUUACACUUGAUAUCUUAUUGGAUUUUAUGUAUUGUAAUGUAAACUUUGAGGUGUUUUGAGCUUAAAAUGAUUGCAAAUAUAGUUUGGCUGGGUAUUUUCAUAAUUUUUGCGUCAAAAAUUAUAUUAUAUUGUACUAGACAUCAGAUGUAAUUUUUGGUCCCACAGCGAAAAAUUGGGAAAAAAAUGGACCAAAAAUUAUUCCAUUUUUCUUUAUUUGCCCUUUCCAGGCUUCGAAUCCGCCCUGCGCGCGCAGUCGGACGUCAAAGUGGUCAAACUUUUUGAGCCCGUCCAUUCGGCCGCCUUCGGAGCGGCGGUUUUGGCCACAAAACAGGGCCAAAUCCAAUGGAAUCAUGAGAUUGAAGACGUAGAAACCCUAAAUAAGACCUUAUUGGAUGUCAUCGAGCUUUCAUAA